AGCAUACUUUCAGCAUAUUUCCAGCUGAAAUUGCCUUUACACCAGAUCUACCUCCAACCAUUGCACCUCUGCUCCUGCUCUAUUGUGUUUCACUGCCCAAACCAAUCCUUCCACAAGCACUACCUCCCAUUCUUUUUAUUUGUUUUUAUUAUUAUUAUUUUCACUAUUAUUAUUAUUUUCACUAUUAUUUUCAAAAUCUCUCAAAUUUCACUACAUCACUACUUAUCUACUAAAUUAAUGACCCAUAUAUAUCCUUAUAUAUAUCUCCCGUUUUAUUUCUUAUUUCUUAUUUUCUAAUUUCAUCAUUUCAUUCCACAAUUUCUUAAUUUCUUGAUUUCUUAAUUUCACAUCAAAAAUGGAAAUCUUAGUCUUCUUUAAUAACCUAUUAUUUUACUUUUCUUCCUUUCAAUUUUUCUCUCUAUUCCUAAUUCCAAUUCUUUUAUCAAUCAAAAUCCAAAAUUACAACAACCCAAUCCUACUCAAAUCUUGGAUAAAAUUUCUACUCAUCCUAUCCAUCUACAACUUCUUUUCAAACAACACAAACCUCUCAUCACUACCCAUCACCACCACUAUCAUCAAUACUUGUAUCAACGCUUAUCCUCGCAUUAAAUCAUUCAUACCCAUUUUAUCCAAUCUAUUCAACCUACUCUUCGUCUUUUGGCUAUUCAACCCUUACUACCAAGGCUACAUUUCUCUAUUCAAUACUCUAUUCCUCAACUUCAACUUCUUCAACUGCUCGUUAUUUCUCUUCAACACUAUCUUGAAAUCCACACACUUAUUCCUAUUAAACUCUCUCAAUUACCUGCUUAAAAACUUACAUUUCCUUAACAACAUAUCUUUUCUAUCCAAUCUAAAUGACUUCCUAAUCAACAUCAACCAAUUUAUUACAAUAAACAAUUUCCACACCACCACUACCAUAACCACCACCAUCACUGCUAAUAAUGACAAUUAUAUCAUAAAUUCAACCAAAAAUAACUCAAACCAAAGCAUAAAUAGCGAAGCUGCUGAUUGCUUCUUUUCAACUUUAAAUAGCUACAAAUCUCAUCAUAAAAGUAAAUCUCUAGCAAGUGAUCUUAACACCGAUAAUACUCACAAUAUUCUCAGUAACAUUCACAAUAAUAUUCAUAAUGUUACUGAUAUUGAUAAUGAUAACGAUAAUAAUAUCAAAUUAUCUCAUAAUACAAAAAACUUAUACCUAACAUGUUUACUAUUACAAUUCAAUGAAAAAUUAAACUCAAACAAAAUUAUACUCAAUAUUGUAAAAUUUCUUCUGGCUUGUCUUCAAAAUAUUUUCCACUUCUUCUUUUACCCAUUCAAUCUACUCUUCUCAAAAUUUAUUCCAUCAACUCUUAAUAAUAACAAUAAUAAUAAUAAUAAUAAUAACAAUAAAAAUCUAAAGCUAAACUUAAAACAUUCAAACGAUUUCAAUGAUUCAACCAUAACAACUCUUAACUCAAUCAAUCUCGAUACAAAUAACAAAAUUCAUAAUAAAACUCAUAAUAAUCAUAUCAAAAAUGUAACUUUCAGUUCUAAAGAAAACAUAAUAAUACAAAACUCAAACCUCCAUCAAAAUCAAUCCAAUUCAAACACAAACUUAAAUAUAUCAAACUCACUGGUAAAAUUUAAUAUUCCAAUGAUUCAUAUCAAUAAUACAUCUGAUGGUACUUUUUCAAAUAACCAUAAUAAUCACAAUCACAAUCACAAUCACAAUCACAAUCACAAUCACAAUCACAAUCACAAUCACAAUCACAAUCACAAUCACAAUCACAAUCAAAAUCAAAAUCAAAAUCAAAAUCACAAUCAUAAUGAUAAUUAUAACUAUAAUUAUAAUUAUAAUGAUAUAAACGAUAAUGAAAAUCACGACAACUCAUCUACAUCUCUAUACUUUUUAAAAAAAUUAACAAAAUCCUCAAAAUCAAGAUCCAGAUCAAAAUCAAAAUCAAGAAAUUCCUUCGAAAUUAAUAACAAUACAAGAUUAAGAUCAAAUUCAAAUUUAUCAUUCGACUCUAAACUUAUAUGCGAUUCAACAACUCUGAUCAAUGAAGCAAGUAUAUCCCAAAAUAACGAUAAUAACGAUGCCUGCAGUGAUAGAAGAAAUUCCUUCAAGGAUUUCUUUAGAAGAUCUUCCACCAUUAAAUCAAGAUCAAACAGUAGAGCAACUUCCCCGGUCGUAAAUAACAUAUACCAACAAUCUCGUUUAUCCUUCUCAAAUAAUAAUAUCACUAAUAACAAUACAAACAUUAUUAAUAAUAGUUUAAAUCUAAAUUACUUAAAUGCACCUGAAAAAGUCAAGACAAGAGUUGAAAGACAAUCAUCAUCUACAUCAACUAUUAUGCCAUUACUAAAUGACCAUUAUUUAAUCAAGAAUCAAUUAAAUCAUAAGAAAUCAUUAAGCGAUCACAUUUCCAUUGAACCAAUAAUAAUUAAUAAUAAUAAUAAUAAUAAUAAUAAUAAUAAUAAUAAUAAUAAUAAUAACAAGUUUAAAAUGAACAAAGAAUAUAUUAACAAUAAUACACCGUUUGUAACGCAUGGCAUAUAUAAUGGAAAUAAGUUAGAUACUCCAUUUGUAUAUGACAAGCAGAAAAAUUUGACUACCUCCACUAAUAAUAAUCAGGAAAAUCAAAUAAAGAUGAGAAAAAAAUCCAGCACUUUUUCAUUUGGAGAUACUUCAACGCCAUUAAAAUGCAUUCCAUCAUUAACAGUGUAUACUAAUAAUGUUAAAAUAUCUGAUUUAAAAUUCAAAAAAGCACGAAGUAAGAGUCCCACUUUAAAGAAUCUUGUUCAUAAGCUUAAUUCAUCUCGAAGAUCAUCUUUUGAGGAUAUAAAUAUAAUUAAUAAUACUAAUUAUGACAAUGAUAAUGAUAAUGAUAAUGAAAAGUUGAAUAAAGAAAAUAAAGAAAAUAAAGAAAAUAAAGAAAAUAAAGAAAUCAAAGAAAUCAAAGAAAUCAAAGAAAUCAAAGAAAUCAAAGAGCAAAACGAUAGAGAUGUUCAGAAAAGUAAUAGUAAUAGUAAUAGUAAUAGUAAUAGUAAUAGCGAUAAAAAUAAUAAUAAAGAAAAUGAGGAUGGUUGGAUAGAAUUAAUUUAUAAGUCAGGUAAAAAAUUGGGAUUUGGAAGUGAAAAAAAAAUUGAGGAGGAGAAUAAAGAUCAAGGUGUGAAAAUUAGUGAUUCUAAUAGCUCAGACCAGGCUGAUGAUACACAAAACUCAGUUGUUGAGCUGAAAGUGAAUUCAAGCUCAAAUUUCAAUGAAAAUAGUAAGAAUAAUCGAAAAAUUAAUCAUACACCAAUCAAGACAUUAGAGGAACCCUUUACACCGAGUGGUAGUACGAAUAAUGAAGGAACACCAAAGGCUAUCCAUAAAUCAAUUAAAAGUUAUACAUCAAUUGGGAUAGGAAAUCCAUCACCUGGAAUAAGAACUAUGAAUUUAAAUUACACAAGAAAGGAUAAACUUCGACAUGAGAAGGAGAGACAAAAAUUCAAUCAAAGUUAUGAGUAUAUAGGUGACUUUCCAGGUGGCGGAAGCAACAUUAUUAAUAAUUACAGCAAUUAUACCAAUUACAGGGAAUUACCUAGAUCAAAUUCAGCAAUAAGUUUAUCAAAAAGAUUAACAACACAAACAAGUUUUGUUAAUUUUACACAAAAAAUGGCAAGGACAAUGACUCCCUCACUAAUUACAGAAAACAGUAUAGAAAGAAUCACGCCUCGAAACAAAACCAGCAAUAGUAGUACCAACAACAGCACCAGCAUUAUUCAGAUUCCAGAGGACGACUACCAUUUCUUGUCGUAUGAGUAUCCAGUGAAGAAAAGUCUACACAUGAACACAAAAAGGGCCGAACCACGAGGAGAACAAACUUUAGACGAGAAUUCUGGCGAACUGGUUGGACCCGGAGGUGACAGCACAACCAGCAAGAACAGUAAAAACAGCAAAAACAGCAAAAACAGAAUUCUGAUGAGACGCUGGCAGUCGCUCACGAAGAACAUACGGAUACGAUCCGGGACGAAAGAUGGCCGGGACGACGAGUACGACACUGAUGAUCAUCGAGAGCUGUACUUUUACGGCGACACGCACUUUUACAGUGAGACCAGCGUCGCGACGCGAGAUGUGACGCGCAGACAUCGCCACUCUCAUCUGCACACCAGCCUCCUCAACCAUCGCUUGAGCGCGCACUUGAAGCGGUUGAAAAAUGGCAACGUCUACACAAACUUUGCGGAGGAGCCUUAUGUUCUUCCGCUGGCGCAGUAGCACGGGGCUACCACGCAAUUUCAAUCACGUAAACGGUGUUUUGCGCAUUUUGCACGGGGUAGCCACGAGAACUUCAAAUGUAAACAAAAACAAACACAAAUCAAAACAAUCAAAUCAACAAAUUUCAACAUCUGUUUGAUCAAUUUCUGGUUCUCUUCGAAACCUUUCCAUUGCCUUUGGUUCUCUUCAAUUCUCUUAUACAACUCAAUAAGGGUGCUCUUCUCUUCUGGUCUCACUUCUCUCUAUCUCCAAUAUUCAGUUCUUAUUCAACAAUGUCCAAUGUCUUGAAGG